GUCCCUGAGCAGCCUCCCAGCAGGGAGAAGCCCUUCAAGUGCUUGGAAUGUGGGAAGAGCUUCAGGAAGAGCUCUCACCUGCUCCGACACCAGGACAUGCACACUGGGGCACGUCCCUACACAUGUGAGGAAUGUGGGAAGAGGUUCAGCGAGAGCAACCACCUCCGCACCCACCAGCGCAUCCACACCGGGGAACGGCCCUACACGUGUGAGCAAUGUGGGAAGAGCUUCAACCGGAGCUUUCACCUUCGUUCCCACCAGCACACCCACACUGGAGAAUGUCCUUACACGUGUAGGGAAUGUGGGAAGAGCUUCAGUCACAGCUCCACCCUCCGCAAACACCAGCGCAUCCACACUGGGGAACGGCCCUACAAGUGCCUGGAUUGUGGGAAGAGGUUUCCAACCAGCGGGAAUCUCUACAGGCACCAUCGGACGCACACGGAUGAGAGGCCCUUCCGCUGCACCGACUGCGGGAAGGGCUUCAACCAGAACUCCCAUCUUGUCACCCACAGGCGCAUCCACACCGGGGACAGGCCCUACAAGUGUGGGGAGUGUGGGAAGAGCUUCACCCAGAACUCCCACCUGAUCCGACACCAGCAUAUCCACACUGGGGAACGGCCCUACAUGUGUGGGGAAUGUGGGAAGAGCUUCAACCAGAGCUCUCACCUGUUCAAACACCAGUGCAUCCACACUGGGGAAUGGCCCUACGUGUGUAAUGAUUGUGGAAAGAGCUUCAGUGACAGCUUCAACCUGAUUCGACACCUGCACAUCCACACUGGGGAACGGCCCUACACGUGUGGGGAAUGUGGGAAGAGCUUUAGGGACAGCUGCAGCCUGAUCCGACACCUGCACAUCCACACUGGGGAACGGCCCUACACGUGUGGGGAAUGUGGGAAGAGCUUCAGAGACAACUGCAGCCUCCGCACCCACCAACACAUCCACACUGGGGAACGGCCCUACACAUGUGAGGAAUGUGGGAAGAGCUUUAGGAAAAGCUCCAGCCUGAUCCAACACCAGCACAUCCACACCGGGGAAAGUCCCUACCUCUGUGAGGAAUGUGGGAAGAGCUUUAGGAACAGCUCCAACCUCAUCACCCACAGACGCAUCCACACUGGGGAACGGCCCUACAAGUGCUUGGAAUGUGGGAAGAGCUUCAGCAGGAGCACCACCCUCCUCACUCACCAGCACAUCCACACUGGAGAACGGCCCUACCCGUGUGGGGAAUGUGGGAAGAGCUUCAGGCAAAGCUCCAAGCUGAUCCGACACCAGCGCAUCCACAGUGGGGAAUGGCCCUACACGUGUGGGGAAUGUGGGAAGGGCUUCAGUGACAGCUCCAACCUCUGCACCCACCAGCGCAUCCACACUGGGGAACGUCCCUACACGUGUGGGGAAUGUGGGAAGAGCUUCAACUGCAACUCCAACCUCCUCACCCACCAGCGCAUCCACACUGGGGAACGUCCCUACACGUGUGGGGAAUGUGGGAAGAGUUUCAGACACAGCUCCACCCUCCACUCCCACCAGCACAUCCACACUGAGGAACUGCCCUACACAUGUGGGGAAUGUGGGAAGAGCUUCAACUGCAGCUCCAGCCUCCUCAGCCACCAGCGCAUCCACACUGGGGAGCGGCCCUACACGUGUGGGGAAUGUGGAAAGAGCUUCAGUGACAGCUCCAAUCUUCACGCCCAUCAACGCAUCCACACCAGGGAACGGCCCUACACAUGUGGGAAAUGUGGGAAGAGGUUUCAGACCAGCUCACAUCUCCUCAGGCAUGAGCGGACGCACACGGAUGAGAGGCCCUUCCGCUGCACCGACUGCGGGAAGGGCUUCAAGCAGAAUGCUCACCUCGUCACCCACCAGCGCAUCCACACCAACGGACCCACCAGUAAGGGAAGCCCUGUGAGUGCCCCAACUGCAGGAAGAGCUUCGGCUGUAUGA